AUGGCGGAUGAGGCGGGGGAUUUCGAGAUUGCAGAGACAGAUACGAGGGUGGAGGGGCAUGUGCCGGUGUUGGCGGACCGGGGGCGGAGGGAGGGGAAAGCGAGGACGUGGCGGGAUGUCGAUACGAGUAAUCUCCCGCCCUUGAAGAAGGAGGAUGUCAAGUUCUUCCCCCUCCCGGCAGACUUUGACAACACGAUCACGGCGGCGACGUCCCGGCGGACCGAGAGGAUCUCGGUGCGCUACCCGUUAUUCAUCGGCACCUCGAUGCCCGCCUCGCAUGUUCCUGGUGGCGGCGCCCUCUUUCCACCCCCUUUCGUCCCGCCGCUCCAUGCCGGCGUAUUCCCCGAUGGCAUGGCUGCCAAUUCUCGUGAACGCGAGCAUCUGGCACGCAGAAGUAACGACGCUCGCGCGGGCACAGGGUUCGUGUUCCCGACCCCAGGCAGUGCGCGCGUGUUUGUCCUCGCGUCAAAGGCACGCGUUAGUACCUUGAGCGUCGAGCGACGACGGUGUCGCGCACGCUUUUUGCAGGCAUUGAAACUCGUUAUUAAUCGGUCCGACGACGUGCCGCCCCUCAACCACAAUCGGGUUUAUAGCUUUGUGCUCCAUCCGUCCAUUCACGAUGCGCCGUUCAAGGACAUCUGCGAGACAGUCGAAAAGGCCAUUCGAGAGAUGGAUCGAAAGUUGAAGCCGACGCCUAGAGGACAGCCCCGAUGGACGACGCACAAGUCAUAG